UUGCUUUAAUUAACGUGCGGCACAUUUCAGCGUGAGCUCAGGUUUGUCAGAGGCCUGUGAGCUAAAUAAAACAUGAUGGAUCUAUUUAUGUCCGCUCCAAAAACGAGAGUGGCUGCUGCCGGACAUGUCUGCAGCUGAGCCUUCAUCACUCAGAUAAAAUGACAGCGUCUGAAAUUGUUGUUGUUCCCUUAAGAGUUUAAACAACAGCCACAACAAAUAAUACAUGUCCGCUUGCAACGCAGAGAAAAUCUGAAUGGGCUUUUCUUCUCAACAUCCCCGAAGUCCUCGGGUGCUUGCGUAACGUUGACAUACAGUGACAGUGAUGCCAUCUAUGAUACUUACUACGAUGAUACAUAGCACUAUCUCCCAGUAUCUUUACCCUAAAUCAGAGUCAAACUCGAUCAAACUUCAGGGAAAAAUUUGCAAGAGCAACAGGGAAAAAAUAAAAACAAAUGUAUUAGUCAGAGAAACAGAAACAAGUCAUAAAAAAACAACUUUUUCAGAAUCAGAAUCAUAUAGUGUAUAAAGUGCUGACAUAAAAUAAAAUAAAUAAUAAAAAUAAAUUAAAUAAAAUAAACAAAGGCUGUUCAUGAAUUCAACAGUCUGACGGCCGAGGGGAAGAAGCUGUUCAUGUGACGGGAGGUUCUGGUCUGGAUGGACCGUAACCUCCUGCCAGAGGGAAGAGGAACAAACAGUCCAUGUCAAGGGUGAGAAGGGUCGGCUCUGAUCCCACCUGCACGUCUCUGGGUCACCUUCCGAUCACCUUCUCAGCACAACGUACGAUGCGCUGCAGUCUGCUCUUGUCCCUGGAGGUGGCGCUGUUGUACCAGACAGUGAUAGAGGAGGUGAGGAUGGACUGGAUGAUGGCCGUGUAGAACUCCACCAGCAACUUCGUCGGCAGUUGUAGUUUUCGUAGCUGCCUCAAGAAGAACAUUCUCAGCUGGGCCUUCCUGACGAGGGACCUGAUGGUUGGCUCCCAUUUGAGGUCCUCAGUGAUGGUGGUUCCUAGGAAGCAGAAGGAGUCUACAAUAGGAAUGGGUAAACCAGCCAACAUGAGAGGGGACAGAGAAACUGUGACUCUCCUGAAGUCUAUGACCAUCUCCACCGUCUUCUGAGCGUUGAGCUCCAGGUUGUUGUGGCUGCACCAGGACACCAGCCGCUCCACCUCCCUCCUGUAAGCCGAUUCAUCUCCAUCUGAGAUGAACCCGAUGAUGGUGGUGUCAUCUGUAAACUUGAUCAGCUUCACGGACUCGUGGCUGGAGGUGCAGCAGUUAGUGUACAGAGAGAAGAGGCAUGGACAGAGAACACAGCCCUGAGGAGACCCGAUGUUGAGGGUCAGAGUGUCGGAGACAGUCGUCCCCAGCCGCACACGCUAACUCCGGCUGGUCAGGAAGUCUCUAAUCCAUCUGCAGAGGGAGUCAGGCACGUUGAGCUGGUGAAGCUUGUCUUCAAGCAGAGCUGGAAGAAUCGUGUUAAAGGCAGAGCUGAAGUCUACAAACAGGAUCCUGGCAUAGGUUCCUGGGCAGUCUAGAUGCUGCAGAAUGAAAUGGCCUUCUUGGGAACAGGAAUGAUUGUGGAGGACUUAAAGCAGGCAGGAACAUGACAGGACACCAAGGAAGCAUUGAAGAUGUCCGUGAACACUGGAGCCAGCUCAGUAGCACAAUGAUUCAGGAUGGCAGGAGAAACUCUGUCCGGACCCGCAGCCUUCCGAAGGUUCAGCUUCCUGAACUGAGUGAGCACGUCCUGCUCCAUGAUGUCAAGAGAAGGAGGUGGCACAUCAAUGACUGUGUUCUUUUCUGUCUCAGUGACAUCGUUCGCCUUAUUUGUGUCACUAAGAGACAGCUUAGUCCUUUGCUGUAAAGUGGAACAUGGGGCUGGAGAGACCACCAAGGUGCUGAGGCAAUAUGGCUGCUCGAAGCGACAGUAAGAGUUGUUCAGGUCCUGUGCAAGAGCGAGGUUGUUCAGGAUGGAGGGGGGGCACGUGGCUUGUAGUUAGUGACCACCUUGAGCCCUCUCCACACAGCACCCGAGUCAUUGGCUGAGAGCUGCUGCGUUUGGACGGAAGAUGACGCUAUCGCUAAGGCGAAUGGAACCUGUUGCGCGCAGCAUCCGGGCAUUACGGUAAGGGCUCCUUCAGGCAUGCAGGUGAGACAGGUGACGCAUCGGGAGGGAUCGCGGGCAUAAAAGACAUAGAGCGGAUAAUUUCAUGGACUUGCUGGUCAGGGAACGGUCGCGGCUGCUCGAGCCCAACUCUAAGGCUUCAUGGAGAGCGAGGGGCCUCUCUGCCAGAUGAAGAUGCGGACCCGCCAUGAUGUGUCGUCGUGUCACCUUAAAAGCAACGGACACUGUGGCCAUGGGACGUCUCAUCUCACCCACCAGACCAGGGUGGGUCACCCGGGCGAUGCGGGUCCGAUCAGACACAGAGGAAGCGGAGCGCUGGCGUCCAUCUGCAACAGCCCCGACUGUCUGGCCUCCAGAGUCAGGGAGGAGGAGACGCUGGAGUGGAGCUUCUCAUCAGGGAAGGUGCUGGUGACUGGAGGAGGAGGCUACUUUGGUUUCAGGCUGGGUAAAGAACUGGCCAGCCAGGGGAUGUCUGUCAUCCUCCUGGAUAAGAACCGACCUCCGGAUGAAAUCCCUGCUGGAGCCGUCUUCUGUCAGAACGACAUCCGGGACUACUCAUCUCUUCAUAAACUAUGUGAAGGAGUGGAUUGUAUAUUCCACUCCGCGUCUUACGGCAUGUCCGGUCCCGAGCAGCUGAGAAAAGAGCAGGUGGAGUCCAUCAACGUUGGAGGAACCAAUAAUGUCAUCAAAGUGUGCAAAGAGCGUAGCAUCCCGCGGCUAAUUUACACCAGCACCAUCAACGUGGUGUUCGCCGGGGAGCCAAUUGAUGAGGGAGACGAAUCCUCAGUGCCGCCUCUGCCGCCCGAACAGCACAUCGAUCACUACUCCAGGACUAAAGCUAUAGCCGAGCAGAUGGUCCUCUCUGCCAACGGAUGCUCCCUGAAAGGUGGAGGUCUGCUCCGGACCUGCGUCCUUCGUCCCUGUGGCAUCUAUGGACCGGAGGAGAGGAGGCACUUGCACAGAGUCAUGGUGAAUGUGGAGCGUCGACUGUUCAGCUUCAGGUUUGGGGACGAGCGUUCCCGGAUGAACUGGGUCCAUGUGGACAACCUGAUUCUGGCCCACACGCUGGCCGCUCAGGCUCUGACACCCAAGAGGAGCUGUGUCGCCAGUGGGCAAGUUUAUUUUAUCAACGAUGGGAUUUCAGUGAACCUCUUUGAGUGGUUGACGCCCUUGUUUGAGAAGCUCGGUUACAGCAGGCCGAUGAUAAACCUGCCCUUUUCUCUCGUAUACUCAGCAGCUGUCUUUGUCGAGUAUUUACACAUCGUCCUGAGACCUAUCGUGGAGGUGCCGCUGCUGUUCACCUCAAGUGAGGUGAGAAACAUCGCAGUCAGCCACACGUUCAAGAUAGACAAGGCCCGGCGGGAGCUGGGCUACGCCCCCAAGCCCUUCAGCCUGGCUGACUCAGUGGAGCAGUGCCUGAAAACCCGACCUCCUCCAUCCAGCGCUCCUCACGUCAUGUGCGCCUGGACCCAUCAUCUGCCCGGUCACCUGCGACUGCUGCUGGUGCUGGGCCUGGGCCUGAUGCUGCUGAUGCUGUGCUGCCUUCUCCGCCAGGACUAGAGCUCUGAUGGACGAGAGCAACAGAAAAGUGUGCGGUUUCGUUGAUACAGAAGGAUUUCUGCCAGCUCCGACACAAAAGUAUUAAACCUGAGUUGUGUGAAUGUUGUGAAUUUUCCAAAAGUUGUAUGUUGCCUUGAUUCCAGUCGUGUAAAAACAUCCUAGUCUCCAUAUUCAAAUUCUCAGUGACUGCAUGCCUCCAUCUUUGUGUGUGACCUGAUGGAACUAUAAAAUUAAAUCACAGUCAUUUUAUACGU